AUGGAACAAGGACAAGGCCUCUGGAAGAAGCGCAUCCUCGUGCCCUUCUGGAUUGUGCGGAUAUGUCUCAUGAUAUUCAUCAUCGCCAUAUUCGCCUACACCCUGCGCACGAUCAAAGACCUCGAGGACUUUACGGAGCCAGGACCGGGGUACGCCUACACAGCUGCUCAUGCGCACUCUCGUAGACUAACAGCAAGCAGCACCGCCGUCCUCUUCAUUCUCUUCAUGGUCAUUGUGCUGUUGAUUGAUGUGCUCGCCAUUCUUCUCUUCCUUCGAGAUAAGCUCAAGCCGGGCACCUUCCUGACCAUGAACUGUUUCCAGACUGGCUUCUGGGCCGGAGUCCUGAUUGUCGACUUUGUAGCAAUUGGCCACGGCGCAAGCCCCGUCGGAAUCGGCUUCAGCAUCUUUGUCUUCCUCACAUUCCUUGGUCUCCUCAUAUACUCAAUCAUCGGCCACCGUCGCGCAAAAGCCGCAGCCCAGCGAGGCCACUAUGCGCCCGCCCACAACCCAGCUCUGCCUGCUACCGACUUGCACGCCACUCCCUACUUUGGCGCGCCCGAUAACCACCAAAACACGGCAUACCAUUCGCAGACACACCCCCUCCCAGAUGCGCACGAUCAAUACGCUGCUGCUCCUCCAUACCAAGCUGGUGCGGCAGGCGACUAUUACCAGCAGCAGCCCAUGAAGCCUGCUCACAUUGUUUGA